CUGAACCAAAAGAAAAUAAAAGAUAGCGUCUUGUCUUAUCAAAUCACUAUUUUGUGUUCCCAGGGCCGAAUUGCAAUUGUUCCAGGAUGCCUGAUUCCGUGGAGGAAGCCUCCACAAUCUCGCUACGGAUUUGCGUGGAGGGACAUGCGAAUGCCUUGGCAUUGAACAAGGAUAACAACCAGAUCGCUUUGGCCGGAAGAAGCUUGCUGAAGGUUUACGCCAUAAACAGCAAUGGCUUUACAGAAUCUUGCAAUAUGCGGGGGAAGAACCAAAAUCUUAGCUACUCCGCUAACGAUGUGGCCUGGUCCACCUUGGAUAGCAAUCUUUUGGCCACAGCGGCGACAAAUGGAGUGGUCUCCGUGUGGGAUCUCUCCAAGUUUGGCAGGCAAAAGCAGCUCCUUGUUUAUAACGAACAUGAACGCACUGCCCACACCGUGACCUUCCACAGCAGUGAACCCAACAUCCUGAUCUCAGGUUCCCAAGAUGGUACCAUUAAGUGCUUCGAUAUCCGAUCGGAUAAAUCCGUCAAUACAUACUUCUGCAAUUCUGAGUCCGUUCGAGACGUCAAGUUCAGUCCACAUACGCAGAACAUAUUCUCCGCCGUCUCUGAAAAUGGAACCGUCCAACUGUGGGACAUGAGGAAGUGGGACAAAUGCAUGGUACAGUUUACGGCGCACUAUGGACCAGUUUAUACGUGCGACUGGCAUCCGACGCGGAAUUGGCUGGCCACCGGUAGUCGGGAUAAACAGAUCAAGGUGUGGAACAUGGACGGCAGACCGGGGUUGGAGCACACCAUUCACACAAUCGCCGUGGUGGGUCGGGUUAAGUGGCGACCAGAAAGAACCUAUCACAUUGCCAGCUGUGCUUUGGUUGUGGACUAUAGUGUCCAUGUGUGGGACAUCCGAAGACCCUACAUUCCCUUCGCAUCCUUCAACGAGCACACCAACGUGACCACAGGAAUUGCGUGGCAGGGCAGCGAUUCCCACUGCCUGCUAUCCAUCAGCAAAGAUUCCACCAUCUACAAACAUGCUUUUAAGGAUGCCACGAGACCAGCGAUGAAAGCAAAUGCGCAGGGAGCAAGCUUGGGCCGGUUUGGGGACAUCUCCUUUGCCAACAAGAUCAAAGAAUAUGCCCCAAAGACCAGUGGCGCCUCUAAUACCAAGUCCUCGAGCUUUAUAAGUCGCCGGAAAACGAAUGUGGCUGGCAGUAGUCAGUUUCAUUUGGAUCAUUCCAAGAUGUACAAAUUCAUGGUUAACGAUACGUUUUCUGGAUACCCGCUGAGUGAGUCCGUUAAUAGACCAACCCAGGAACACGAGAGUUUUAUUGGCUGUGCAAGGGAACUCAAAAUCAGCGGCAAAAAACUUGCGGAGCUAUGCGAGCACAAUGCAGAGGUUUCCAAAAAAUACGGCAAACAUAAUGCCACAACAUUGUGGAACUUCAUCAAACUUUUUUAUGGCAGUAAUCAUUUUGAGCCGCCCUUCGAGCACCGCUCCUCGUUUUCAAAUCAAAAAAAUCCAAUGAACUCCCGACGGGCCACACAAGUGGCCAGCGAUUGGCCUCAGCAGCGGAGUGAUCUGGGUCAAGAUCUCAAUGGAAAUACACCGGAGACGGCUCACGAGAUUGACGACGCAAAUGUGGACGAUGAUACGCUAGGUGGGAGCGGUGUGGAGCAUCCGCCCACAAGUUCAGUGAUUCUGUCCGAGACGCAAAUUAUCAGCGAGAUUACCUUUGACAACUUUGAGCUGUUGCGCAAUGGAUUCAUUUACGUAGGUCCCACGGAAUGCGCAAAAGCGUUGGCCUUUCCUGCCCUUCAUCACGAUGUGCAGGCAGCACGCCCACAACUGGAUCUCAAGGCUUCCGAUCACGAAAAGUCCCCUCCACCUCAUGUUCCAACUGUUCUAAAAGUCAGCCAUGUUCCGCCCAUUCCCAUGUGGGAGCCACAUAAAUUCGUUUCUGAUGCUCUCAUGCUGAUGAAUGAUGUCGGCGAUGUGCAAACAGCUCUGACAGUUCUUAUAGCUUUGGGAGAAGCUCGUAAGCUCCUGCCGAUUGAGGAUGCGUUAGUAGAGCACUGGUUUUACACCUAUGUAGACCAGUUGCAUCGAUAUGAACUGUGGAACGAGGCUUGUGAGGUGAUCAACCGGUCCUGGCUGAGAUCGGUGCAGCAGCUUAACCAGCACUCGACAGCCAUGCACACGAAUUGCGGGGAAUGUGGACGCCCAAUGGGUGGGAAAGUGGGAUGGUACUGCGAUAAGUGCAAGUCUAUGCAGUCGGCCAAAUGCUGCGUUUGCGGUCUGAUCGUACGGGGAGUCUACGCCUGGUGCCAAGGAUGCUCCCACGGAGGUCAUAUAGAACACCUGCAGAAUUACUUUGCCAAGCACUCCAAGUGCCCCAAGUGUGGACACCUCUGUGCGUACUCAUGAGACGCGGAGGAGGCUGGGUUUACCCAGCUUCUGCCCCCCAUUUGAAGUCUUUGUAAAUAGAGAAGACGUAUGCCCAAUAAGUACCUUGCAAAAAACAUUUAAGAAAAGUUCGAAAGCACGUUCCUCGAAAUCAUCGAAAACUAAUUUGUUGUAAAUCAGAGAUAAUUCGAGGUACGCACUAUUAUAAGCUAACUUUAUGUGAAAUAAUAUAAUUAAGAGUUAGAUAAUAACUUAGCCAAAACAAAUUAACAGACUAGUAAUUAUAUCAGAACUACCUUUCCUGCACGUAUUUGUUACUUAAAUAUUUUCAAAUAGAAAUACCAAAUAAAAUUGUUGUCUGUUAUUAAAA